CCAUUCCAAGCAUGCACGUUCCUCCUCUCACGGAGCGCCACCACCACAACACCUCGCGAGGUCCCCCGCCAUCGCCGGCGGCCUUUUGCCCCAUGAGGAGGUAAACGCCGCUCGCCGCCACCGCCGCCGCCGCCGCCGCCGCCGACGCCGUCCGCCGGCCCGCCGCGAUGAUCACCCACGUCAAAUCGGCUCUCCUCUCCGGCCACCGCGGCCCGCACCACCUCGCCGCCUCCGCCGCCGCCGCCGCCUCGUUCCACUCCACCCCUCCCCUCCAGCGGAAGCGCAAGACGCAGUGGCACCACAGGUUCAGUUAUUAUGAGAAGCGCAGGAGAAAUAGAGAAUCAAAAAGGACCAUGCUACGGAAUAUGUCUGAAUAUGCUGAGUACCUCUUCCAGAGUUGGCGGGAUGAAGAUGACAAAAAUGAUGAAUCAAGUGGACCUUCUUGGUUCAGGGGACACCGUUGGGUCAGGAAUCCAAAGAAUAAUGGUUUCCGCCCACAUGAUUUUUAUUUUGGAAACUUCAGAAGCAGGGGUGGAUUUGAGUUUUGCACAAGUGAUGAAGAUGAACCGGAAACGGUGUUUCGCAAUGCUUUCCGUGGGCAACAGACAUUUUAUUGGUCUUUUGAUUCUGAUGAUUUUUGUCAGAGAAAUCACAGACGUUCUCAUUCAGAAAGUUCCAGACGUUGGAGUUAUGAGACAGAUGAUGAGGAUGAAACACCCGCACAGACGGAGGUAUCUUUGGCACGGCAGGCACUUGGAUUGAGUACUUCUGGUCCACUGAAACUCGAAGAUGUUAAAAGCGCAUACCGGACAUGUGCACUUAGAUGGCACCCAGAUCGUCACAAUGGCUCAACGAAGGCUACUGCAGAGGAGAAAUUCAAGCACUGCAGUGCAGCAUACCAAACAUUAUGUGAUAGUUUGGCCUCUGCAUAAACAAUUGUGAUAAAAUCCUUGCUACUGUGGUCUCGUUCAUCCACAGAUUAACUUUAUACUGGCAAAUUCCCUGGACGUUUUGUCACCCGCCGAUCAACAUCUGCCUCCAAACUCAACUUGCUACCAAGAACUGCUUUGUUCUUGAACAAAACGAUAGAACCAAAAGUUGAUCAAUAAUGGAGGAAACUGUACCAUGUAACAUUUUUUACACAGGGUCAUUGUUGUAUUUUUAGAGCUAGGAAGAAACUAUUUGUACCACCCAAUUCAGUUAGUUUAUUUGGAAUAUUAAUAUUAGUUGAGUACACUACAAUCAUUGUUGCUGAUGCAGAAGUAAUCAAGCUUUUUUGGUCAA